GUCCUGGUGAGACGAUAUGGGAUUUCCCAACUCAAAUUGCUUCAUCUUGUGGAAGUUGAGUUAUCAAACGAGCAUUUGACGAGUUGUUUAUUCUCAAAAUGUCCUCCCUUAGAAAAAUUGAUAGUGGGAGAUUGUACUUUUGGGACUAUGACUGUGCUUGAUAUUGCUUCGAUGCCUCUCGUUUAUGUGUCUGUAAUAAACUAUGUUAACAAUGGCAAAAUUUACAGUAAUUGCGAUGUCAAGAUUUCUUGCCCGUAUCUCGGGGUCUUGAAAUAUGGUGCUCCGAUGGCAAAGGAUAUAAUUAUAGAGAAUCUCUUCUCUAUUGAAGUUGUUCACAUCUUCUUUUUUGAUGCAGGUUGCCCAAUAGAGAAAAUUGGCAUGCUUGUGCAUAAGAUGAUCAAGAAUGUUCCUUCUACAUCAGCUUUGAAAUUAUGCAUGAGUUUUAUUUCUAGUCUGUACAGCGUAUCUCAUCAAGUAAGAAAGUUUCCGGUCUUGUUUUAUAAGCUCAAGUCCUUAAAAUUGACAGUAGGAAUCGAUGAAGCCUGGAUGCAAGUCAUGAUGCUAUUGCUCAAGCAUUCUCUGAAUUUGGAGGUUCUUAAUUUGUUUUCUGAUGAGAAUUUUGGCUGGAAUGAGAACUGGAAGCUGCAUCACCUUAGUGAAAGCAUUGAGUGCUUCGAAUCUCAUCUGAGGUUGAUUCAGUUGGCUGGUUUCAAAUAUGAAGAAAAUGAGAUGGAGCUGCUAAGAUUUUUCCUGAAGAAUGCACAGGUGUUGGAAAAACUGAUAAUAGUUUCGGCCAGCUAUGCUGACAUAUCAGAAGAGGCCUCAGAGUUGGUGUUAAAGUAUCCUAGAACUUCUUCCAAAUGUUGUCGUGACAUUUCUUGAUGUCAACCCCAAAUCAAAAUCUCAUUAUCAGUACAAUAUAGUUUAAAGGGGGUUUUGAUUGUUAGAAGCUAUGUUGCUCACGCUCUCCAAAAAUGUUGUCACACUCACGAUGGAUCCUUCAAACAUGUUCAACACGCAUCCGACUAUAUUCUUUUUAAGAGUCUGAGCAAUGUAGGUUAGACGUACCCUUUUAAAGAUUUCUUCUCAUAAGUAACUAGACUGUCUGAGCAACCACGUGGCAACCAAACAUUGUAUAACUUAGGUUCUAUGUGGAGAUUAUUUUUCUCCUUUUUUUUUUUUUUAACCAAACAAUGUAUCAAGUUAUGCUACUUUUGUUAUAUGGAUAACUCCUCUCUAACCGAUAGCCGAACUAUCCCCUUAGAGGUCAUUUGGUUGUUGGCUAAAAUUAUACAGGUAUUAAUAAUGCAGGGAUCAGUUAUGUAGAUUUAGUUUUUCAUGUAUACUUUUUCUAUUUUCAACCCUGCAUAAGUAAUACAUAGAUUCCCUUAACCUAUAUGUGUAUUAGAUAUGUGGGAUUGUAAACUCUUAACCAAAAAUCAUACUUGGUGUAUUGAAUUUUAAUAAAUAACAACCAAAACGCUACAAAAUGUUGGUUCUAAUACAUGAAUAACUAGUUUUCUAACCAAUAACCAAAUGAUCCCAAGUAUUUAUCAACUAUUUACAAUUAGCUAAUACAAACGGGCUCCAAAUAACGCUACUCACCAAGACCAACACAAGGAAGAAAUCACCUAACACUUUUUUUGAAUUACUUAAAACAUCUUUUCUCUACUAAAAUUUGAAUCCUAACCUUUAAUAAUUUCACCACCUCAUUAACCGCUAAGUCGCAACUUAGGUGCUUACAUAUAAUGAGAAACUUGGGCAAUUUAAGGAAUGUUGUCAAAUUGCUCAGGAAUGAGCAUAUCAAGGAGAAAAACUAAGCCAAAAACUCGUCUUUUCUCUGAGUCCGGAGCCAAAAUGGGUUAUUUUUGCAGCCAUUAGCCCAAAAUAAUAUACUUUUUUUUUUUAGACCAAAAUGGGUAUUUCGUUGGAUAACCAACGAAAUACCCAUACUCACAUUGUUCCGGUGCCGAAUGAAUUGUUGCAUUUCGCUACAUGUGUAGCAAAAUGCAACAAAUUAAUUUUUUAUUUUUAUUUUUGCAUUUCGUUGUGCAAUUCACGAAAUGCAACAAUUUUUUUUAAUUUUUUUUUUUUUGCAAUUCGUGAAACUAAUGAAAAAAAUUGUUUUUUUUUUUUGCAUUUCGUUGUGCAAUUCACGAAAUGCAACAAUUUUUUUUUUUUUUUUGCAAUUUGUGAAACUAAUGAAAAACAUUGGUUUUUUUUUUUUUUUUGCA